GCUAGAAUGGCACUGGCCGGUUCAAUUUCCAGCAAAGCAGCAUCACCGCACUCCAGAAAAGUUUCUGCAGCAGGAGUGGAAGUGCACCAGAGCAAGAUGGAUUUUUUCUGCAAGCUGGGCUAUGGUAAGCAGGACAUCUGCAAAGUGCUGGAGAACCUGGGCCAAGAGGCCCUGGAGGAUGAUGUGCUGAAGGAGCUGAUUCGGAUGGGGAGCAAACCUCAGGCUCCGGAGGACCAGGCUCAGCCUUCCCCGCUGAAGCUGGUAGCCCGUGGGUCUGGGUCGUGCAGCACCUCCCCAGGGCUGAAGUGGCCUGGAGAAGAUGAAAGUGAUUCUUCUGACUCCCUGAGGCCCAUUGUGAUCGAUGGCAGCAAUGUUGCCAUGAGUCAUGGAAACAAGGAGGUGUUCUCCUGCUGGGGCAUCCAGCUGGCGGUGGAUUGGUUCCGAGAGAGGGGGCACACUGACAUCAAGGUUUUUGUCCCACUCUGGAGGAAGGAACCCCCUCGACAAGACAGCCCCAUUGCAGAUCAGCACAUCCUUGAGGAGCUGGAGAAGCAAUCCAUCCUGGUGUACACCCCCUCCAGGAAGGUGAAGGGCAAGCGGGUGGUUUGCUACGACGAUCGCUACAUAGUGAAAGUCGCUUACCAGAGCGACGGAGUCAUUGUUUCCAAUGACCACUACCGGGACCUCCAGAAUGAAAACCCCGAGUGGAAAUGGUUCAUUGAGCAGCGACUGCUCAUGUACUCCUUUGUCAGUAACAGGUUUAUGCCUCCUGACGAUCCAUUAGGCCGGCACGGACCCACCUUAAGUAACUUCCUCAGCAAAAAGCCAGUGCUUCCUGAGAAAAAAUGGCAGCCUUGCCCUUAUGGUAAAAAAUGCACCUAUGGCAACAAAUGCAAAUUUUACCACCCAGAGAGACAACAUCAAGCUCAGCUUUCUGUAGCUGAUGAGCUCAGGGCCAAAACAAAGGUCCCGUUACCCCAGGGGAAGGAGGAGGAGAGGUGUCAGUGCUCCCCUUGUGACGCCUGCACAGAAACUCUGCGGGAAGCCCGAGGCUGCUCGGGGCCCUCCCGCUGCCCAGGCCGGUCCCAGGGGGGCAGCUCGGAGCAGACAUCCCGUGCCUGGCCCAGCAGCGCCGGCUCUGACCUGCGGAGGGACCCGCGCCUGCCGCAGCCCGAGCCGCUGCUGGAGAAGAUGUCAGCGGUGUCCAUCCGUGCGGACACCUACGGCCGCGGCUGGUCCCGCUGCACCUCUCGGGACAGGGGCGUCACGGACAGCCCCCAGCCCCGCUCCGACCUCAGGCACAAGCUGCUCUCACUCCAUCCCCCUCGGGGCUUGGAGCGCCCCGGCUCUCCCGGGUGCCCUUUCCAGCGAGGAGCGCUCCCGGCCGUGCCCGGCGGGACGUGCCCGGAGCGCGGCUGGGCUCAGGAGCGCCCGGCUGUGCCCGGAGCAGGACACGGGAGCCGCUGCUUCCCUCGCGGUGCUCAGCACGAACAGGCCCUGGAGAGCCAGCAGCCUCUGCUGCGGCAGUGCCCGGCCCCGUGCCCUGCCCGGCUGCCCCCGUACGGCGAGCCCCAUUCCCAUCCCCAUGCUCAGCCCCAUCCCCACGCCCAGCUCCAGCCGCGCUGUGUGCCCGGCCAGGCCCCGGGGCAGGCCGCCCAGCUGGAGCCCAGCGACGGAACGGGAUUAUUCCAGAACGCCCAUGCCUACCCCAGUGCCGCUUACAGGGACUACUGGCACACCCCAGCUGCAAAUCCACCCUCUGCCCAGCAAAUAAACAUACACAGGGAGCUGUGCUCCCCUUAUCCGUACAGUGGGAUGAGCCAGGUGAUGACUCUGUACCCCAGUAUCCAGGAUAAGGGCACUGGAGCACCUCCCCUGUGA